CCAACAAAUUGAUUGCAGCUGAAUCUUAAACACACACACACUACAGUUUGAGCUUCAACUGAUUUAUAAUAAUAAUGGUCGUGAUUAAUCAUCAGGUGGAAGAUGAUCACAGCACAACUUCAAUUAUUGCAGCAUCAAAAGAGGAUGACUUGAAGCGAGAAAUGAUCCGUCUAUACCAAGGGAAGUUUGAGGAUGAUAAUAACGAUGGAUCUCGGGUUUCUGAGGCGGAUAUGGAGCUAAUGAUCCGCGUAUAUAAGGAUACUAUAUGCCCUAUGAUUUGUGCAGAGAUCAACAGAAAGCAGCAAGAGUUUGUUUUCAGGAUAAAAAAGAAAUUCGGCUUCGAUUUGUCGACAUGGAUGACAUGGAAUCUUCAUAACAUGGAGAGUCCUUCAGGAUCACAAUCUUUGCACCUCAAGUUCUUAAACGGAAUCUCGACACCAAUCACUACAGGAAAGUGUACAAAAAGCACGAAAUUCCAUCCUUAUCCGACCACUUAUAUCGAUUACACAAGAUUUCACACCGCAGUUGCUACAAACGAUUGAGUUCAGAACGCGUAAAAACUGUGAUGGACCUCCUUACUCUUCAUGCUAUAAAUCCACAAAGGCUAAAAGAUAUACUUAAAGUUAGUCACAAAACAUGGAAGAUCAUAAUGGACCAUGCAAAUAUGUGCAAGGAUGAUAAGUCAAAGGGGACAUACUUGUCUUAUUAUCCAAGAAAUGGUCAAAAGAGUAACGGUGUGGCUUUUAAUGUUUCCGGGCAAUUGGUGGGCAUAGUUGCAGAAUCUAAAUUUGUUUCCAGCGAUAAGCUUCCCGAUGACAAAAGGGCUGAUGCUCAGAAGCUAAUAGCAUCUUCAUCUGAACACUGGAAGGAGGUAGUCUCUUUCAAUGACCAAGAUUUACUUAUCAAUCAUCUUCAACAACGCGCCAUCUUGAACCCGUUGUCCCAUAAUAACCUUAAUGUGGUAAUACCUCAGACAUUUGACCCAAGUAAUCACACAAACCUAACUUCUCCUAAAAGUCAAAGCCCCAAGCGGCCUGCCUCUGAACACGCGAGCUCAAACUCCCCAAAGCAACCACGAUAUGAUCAUCCAAAGUCGAGUCCCAGCUCUAUGACUAGUGUUGGUAUGGAUACUAGUAUCCGCCGUGAAGCGAACAACUUGCAACUACCUCUAGAUGAUGGUGAUAUUUCUAUGUAUCUCAAUCUGGAUCUGCGUGAUAGACGAUGGAAGAUUGUGUGGUGUGCGGUAGGAUGGAUUUCCGUGAUGAUAAAACUACGAAAGGAAUGAAAUCUUGUCAUCACGAUGCAUCUAUAGUGAUAAUUACUUCAAUAGAACAUAUAAAAGACUUGUGACUGAAAGGUGACCCCAAUUUGUAAAUGCUGCGGAGGAACACUGUCUUUCUCCUGCGUUUGCGAGCUGAUGUAGGAGGAAAGUUGUGAGUAGAUUAAACGAUUGUUAUGUCCAAAUGUUGUCUCAAGACGAUAUCAAUUUGUUUGUGUACUUAUUCCUAAUUAUAGGUUUGUGUGGUUUGCUUGAAUGUGCUAAAUCUUGUUUUGACUAUUUUUGUAAAUUUUUAUUUGUAUA